GCAGACCCUGUGAUAGCCGGCUGAUGGAGCUUCAUCACCAACAGCCGCAGGAAGAAGCCGCGACUUUAUAAAGUUAAAAGGAAUCUUCUGCAAACCUCUUCAACCACAUCAAGACAACGUGCUUCAAACUGCUGAUUCGUCCCAGGAAAAGCCACUAAAAUGACGGCCGCGGUGUUUUUCGGCUGCACCUUCAUCGCUUUCGGCCCAGCCAUCGCACUAUUCCUGUUUACCAUCGCCCGGGAGCCGCUGAGGGUCAUUUUCCUCAUAGCGGGGGCAUUUUUCUGGCUGGUGUCUCUGCUGCUGUCAUCCCUGGUGUGGUUCAUCUCGGUUCAGAUCAGUAACAAGGAGAGUGCGGCUCAGCAGAAAGGACUGCUCAUUUUUGGUGUGGUGCUGUCGGUCCUGCUGCAGGAAACUUUCCGCUUCGCUUACUACAAGCUGCUAAAGAAAGCAAAUGAAGGCCUCCUCACUCUCAGUCAGGAGGAAACCAUGCCGAUCUCCAUCCGUCAGCUGGCUUAUGUGUCCGGCCUCGGCUUCGGUUUCAUGAGCGGAGCGUUCUCUGUGGUCAACAUCCUGGCGGACUCGGUGGGCCCGGGCACCGUGGGGAUCCACGGAGACUCACAGCACUACUUCCUGUCCUCAGCUUUCAUGACCAUGGCCAUCAUCCUCCUACACAUGUUCUGGGGCGUGGUGUUCUUCGAUGCCUGUGAGAAGCAGCGCUGGUGGGCUGUGGCGGCCGUCGUCAUCAGUCACCUCGUCGUGUCCUGCCUGACCUUCCAGAACCCCGAGUACGUGGCCAGCCUGGUUCCCACCUACGUCAUCAUGUUCCUGAUGGGCGUCUGGGCGUUUUACUCGGCUGGAGGUUCCCUCAGGAACCUCAAACUCUGCCUCACCUGCAAAGAUAAGGACUUCCUGCUGGCGAACCACCGGGCCAGAUAACCCAGCACGUCCAGGCAGCGUGCAGGACUCUUUAUCCAAAGACCACCGAGUUCACACACACACACAUACGCACAUGCACACACACACACUCACUCACUCAAGAAGGAAGGAGUGCUGAAAGUUAGUCUGCUGUACUGUCUAAAAUGUGUAAUAAUGGAUUCUUGUGUUUCAUCUGUUCAGUCUGUUUGAUUGCUGAUGUCCUGAUGCUUCAGAGGAAACAGACUGGAGAUGUCUUUGCAUUAUGAUCUUAAAGUGGCAGCACUCUUUCACAUCCUUCACAUACACUCAUGUUUUUAACUUCUCUGACAGCUAUCUACUGUCAACUAUGUCCAGCGUUUUUCCCACAUGUGGAUUUUUUUUUGUUUGUUUUUGCUGCGAAAUAUUUUGUGUAAAUAAUCAUUUUUGAAUGAUCGUGAUCUGUAGAUAGUGAACCAUUUUUAAAUGAUGUCUGCUCUGAGUAAAAACUUGUUAGUGUGCUCACACUUAUGCUUGGUCCAAUUUAAAAACCAGCCCAGUUGUGACUGUGUGGUCCAUCAGUGGAAGUGUGCUUGCAGCUGCUUCCAGAUUUGAUUGUCUGAUUGCAACAGAGUUAACACACAAACACGGUGUCCUCUCAGCAGAAGGUAACUGAUGUGCACAGCGAUGGUAUCUUGUCUCUGUCUACAUUUUGAGAUCUUCAUCCUUUCAUCCAUCUGUCUUCUCUGCAGCUUUAUGUUGUGGAAAGUGGCUGUGUUGGGUGCUGGAGCUGAUUCCAGCAGAGGCAGUUUACAAACACACACUCACCUUUAUCACCGGGCUGCUUUUUAGAGGUACAACUAACUUCUUAUCUGGAGAAAACGGAGAGAACACAGAAAGGCUCAAAGAGACCGACUUUGAGCUGACAGCAGUCACCACGACAGCUUUGUUCAAAUCCCAAAUAACUUUUUAAGGAAGGUAUGUUUGAAAAUAUACAUCUUCAACCAUUGCUGAGUAUAGUUUUGUUUCUUUACCUAAUGUCAUAAAGUGAUCUUGUAACACCAACCCCACCCUUUUUGCGCAGAACCAAUAAUUAUACAUGACGGAUGAACACUGUAUUGUUGAGGCUUUGUCCAGAGUUCCUUCCGAGUGGACCAAUCAAGAACAUGAGUGGUUUUUGUGCGUUUUAUCCAAGUUAGCUCAAGGUCACAACCUAAUUAGCUUCUUAAGACUUCUGAAGUGAGAGAGCCACUGAGUGAUGUGGACUGGGACUGAACAAAAAUUCAGAUUUAUCUUCAGAUCUUAUAGGAUGAAAAUAUUCAAAAGUUGUCAUCUCAAUGCAACUGAAGUCUAAAAAAAAUGAUCUCCCUUUAAAUACAGGGUUGCAGACACUAUUUGUUUUAAAAACUGUAAAUGUGAGCACAUUUUUUUGGAUUGCUUGGUAAUCUCUGAAUGUUUCUUUGUUGCCUUUUUUCUUUGUUGCAGGUUUUUGUGGAUGAGUGAAAGGAGCCGAUGUGUCAGGCAUAUUAGGAAUGAUGAGAAUGAGUGGGCUUUUCUUUGCAGCUGAUUGUGUCCUGUUUAUUAAUCACUUGUACAGUGUUUGAUUACUUUUCAUCGUGUUAUUUGUGGAUAGCAAGAAUGUUGGUUCAAUAUGUACAUUUUGAUGAUGGUCCUGGCACUUUACUCCAUGACUGAAUCUGAGUUAUGUAGAGGUAAAAAGGAAAAAAAAAAAGACUUUGGGUUGCUGAUUUAUUAGG